CCGCCUUUCAGUUUUUUCUAUUUUUGUAAACAUUGUGUUUUAGUGAAAUAUUUAGUAUGGUUUAUUGUUAUUUAUCUCCCAGUACCACUGCCACAACGCGGGCGCGGCUGUUCGCAGCCGCAGAAAAGGAAUCCGGUCAGUGGCUGCACGCUUACCCCUCCCCUCCCAGUGGUACCUACCUUGAGCCUGAUACCCUGCGCCUAGCCGUGAGUCUCAGGCUCGGAGUAAAGGUCUGCACCCCUCAUAGGUGCCCCUGCGGCACAACCGUCGACGAGCUUGGACACCAUGGCCUUUCUUGUCAACUGAGUGCCGGUCGCCUCUCCAGACACUCUGCCCUGAAUGACAUUAUACGCCGGUCUCUUGCUACCGUCAACGCGCCGGCCAUCCUUGAACCAAACGGCGUUUCGAGGGACGAUGGCAAGAGACCGGACGGUAUGACCCUAGUUCCUUGGAAGAUGGGACGGGUGCUAGUCUGGGACGCCACAUGCGUCGAUACACUGGCACCUUCCCAUCUUCCAAGAACCUCAAACAGGGCUGGGGCAGCUGCGGAGGCGGCUGAAAUAAAAAAGAUGACAAAAUAUCGGGGUCUCGGACACCAAUACCAUUUUAGGGCAGUUGGCGUCGAGACCCUAGGGCCAUGGGGUCCAAGCGCCCGUGAGGUUUUUAAAGAGCUGAGCGCAAAGCUCAAAGAAACUACCGGUGACCAGAGAGCUGGCAGCUUUCUCUCGCAACGCAUUAGCAUUGCUAUUCAGCGAGGGAAUGCUGCCAGCAUCUUUGGCACCAUGCCGCGGGGGCCAUAUUUAGACGUAUUUUAG